AUGCUCGAGACUGUCCCAAUCAUAUUCUCUUUAAUGCUGGAAUUGGCCGGUUUGAAGGUGGGCCGUGAAAGUACAUUUCGGGCUGCGUGCGAAUACAAAAUUGUUUGUGACGCACCGGCCACAGAUGCACAACCCUAUCCCACUUGUCAUGAUGCAAACUGGGGACCGGCCUGGCCCCAUGUACAGCACUACGCACUUGAACCAAGUCAUACAGAUGGUGUGAUUAGCGUUUGCACCAAACCCGAUUGGUCUCCGUCGCCGGAUCAACGCAAUCCGCCUCCGAUGACUAUCGAUGUGCAAUUUGGGAAGCAUCGUCCGGAGGUGAAUCUCUUGGCCAAGCUUCAUCGUAAUGGUGUGCCUGAUGACUAUUUGGAUCAGUAUCAAAGGGUCACAGAAACUGUCCGAGAGACGCUAUUUCACGUAACACUUCCCGAACCAGGGGAAUACGGCUUGGAAAUUUACGCUAACGAGCCUUCGGAAGGUGACACCUACACUCACAUGUGCCAAUAUUUGAUCCACUAUGAGUCUCCACCUGGUUGGCGACCUACACCUCGGUUGACAGCCUCCGGUGCGGAUGCUGGCCCUUCUCCGGAAGCGGUACAAGCUUGGCGUCAAGGGGGUACAUUGGGGACAGAUCGUACCACUCGGCCUACGGAAUAUGACCAACACAAUUCCACCUAUUGGUCUGGCGAAACUCCGGGUUCCUUGAGAGAGAUGUACGAUUACGAAUUGCAUGCACCCUCACUCGGUCAACUACCCCGGCCGUAUGCAGCAUCGCAGUACGCUGAAUCGAUUCAAAAUGCGAAUCGUAACAGUUCGAAGUUCAACGAUCUGCCUUCACCACCGCCGUCCAAUGCCUUUUUGUCCGGUCCCAAUGACUAUGAACGAUACUAUCGUGGUCCGGGUGGUUUGAAGUUGGCCGACCGAACUGUUGGUGCAAAUCAAUUCGCGAUGCCACCUCCUCCCUCGUCCGGUGCGUUGGAUGAUCACAGUCGACUAGCUGACCACAUGGCUGAUCUUCGCGUUCGGCAGUCACCCUCACCCACUCGCAUUGAGCGCCCUCGUUCUCAGCCGAAUCGGUCACCUAAUCCGCACCGUAGCUCGUUCUCGUCAGUCGAAGUGAACCCCGAGUAUCACUCGAAUGACGAACUGUCCGUGGUACCCCCGCCUCCCCUGUCCCCACAUGUCUACCCGAUCGAGUCGGAGCGAUUGUUACGUGAUCGGGUCUGUCGCACUCGAGUGCGUGCCGACCGAUCACCCGAAUCAGGGGAAGUGCUGUUGUUCACGCAACCCUACAUGGCUGGCGUUGCCGUCGGAUUAUCCCCACGACCGGAACGUCGAGAAUGGCCCAAACUGAACUGUACCCCGGUACAAUAUUCCCAGCCGAACAGUACGACUCGAUGGAAAAGUAAAUCGCCCCUUCGGGACACCUACUCUAGUCGAUCACUCCCUCGUGGUCCGUACAACACGUUGCCUGAACGCAGUAGCCUCCUUUCCAUGAUGCCGUACAGUACGAUUGCGUCAACACAUUCGGGAAGCACGGGUCAUCAAUCUGGUUCUCAUACGGGUCCCAACGCUGCCGAUAUGCGUUACGGUCCUGCUCCUCCACCCGUGGGUUUCGCCCUUGCCCUAGUUCUGAUUCAAAACGGGCACGAACGGCUGGGUCAGAUAAGCGAUGAUCUGCCGAUCGAGUUUGGUGGAAUNUAUGUGGUCGAUCUGAGUUAG